CUUUCAACAAUUGCGACGACUUGAGUGACCUAGAUAAACUAAAAGGCGUCUCCUUUACUUUUCAUUCACACUCACUGAAGGCGUCAUUAUGAAGGCCAAGGCUUUCAAUUUUUAUAUGGGUUUGUGUGGGAAACGAAGAUGGAGUUUGGGGAUGCGAGUGUCUUGGGAGCUCUUUGGGUUGCAGCCAUACUACCGCUGCUUAGGGAUGGCAAUGGGUCGGGUCGGGGACGGAUAGUGCAUAUCUGUUACCCUACUCAAAGUAGUUCCGGAUCGGGUCGGGGACGGGUUAGAAUGUUGCUCUCCUAAAGGAGCCUUCCUGAUUGAGGAGGGUUGAGCUACUUUGUGCUUGUUUUGUAUGAAUAACUAUCAAGAAAGAAGAAAUUCCUCGAUUGAUUAACAAUAAUGUCCUUGGUCUGUCGGGAGUUAUUGCUGAUUUGGUAAUUAUCGUCAACAAUUAUUUUAAGGUAUUCGGUAUUAGUGAAAACGGGUUCACCAGAUUGUACUAGUUGGAACUCAACUUGGCUGAUUUAGGUCUUCGUUCGUGCUUCUUCUUGAGGUGAGGAGAUCGGUAUAGGAGCACAACAUAUUCAUGCGACAGAGUGUGGCAUGUGGUAUUGAUGCCAGCACAAUCAUCUCAGAGUCAUAGACUUGACCAGGUGCAUUUUCCAAUCUAAUUCUUGAUUAAUAAUUAGCUAAAUUUCUUGUCAUUGUAGGGAUAGGUAUUUGCUUUUGUUGUGAGUCUAUGUGAUGGUGAGAACUUCUAGUUAACUAUUGUUGGUAAUGGCUAAGAUUCAUUUUCUUUUUAAUCUUGUUGUUGUGUUUCUUGUUGGGUAUGCGCAGAUGUGGAAUGCCACCACAUGGUGGUUUUGUAGCGUGUAGUGACGAUCAUAUGUGGCCUACCCAACAAUGGCCUAACAUCAUUGUUCGAUUUGACCUAUGGUGAUGGUCAAGCCUCCUAGGCCGGCGUCGUGGAAUUGAAGAUCGUUGUUAGAUUGAUGACCUAACUGGAUAAAUCAUACAUGUAUAUGACCUUAAUUCUUCUCUUUUGAUUUCCUGAGGACAGGGUAGUAAACUAGUAAAUCACGGGAAAGAGGAGUAGAAGUUAACGUUGAAGUUUCGAUAGUUUAGACUCUUGUGUCAAGUGUAUGCUAAUCGUGGUAUACUCAUUCAACAACUUGUGAACCUGUUAGUGUUACCCUCUCCGAACUAGGUAUUGACUUGCUUGUUUUGUUGGGAUACUGUACUCAAACUUAGUUUACCAAAGGAUGAUGAAUUCUUACACUAUCACAAUGACUUGGGAAUUUAUCUUCUUCAAUCAUUGAUUUAGGUACCCGAAAUUAUGGCCAUGAGAGUUAAUCUAUCGUUUGAUUCCAAUAAAGCCUCAAAUUAGCGUAAUGUAAUAAGUUUCAAUCAUCCAUAAUCAGCAGUGUAAACACAAGUUUAAGAGAUUAUUCAUUCCAGAAGUGAACCACAUUUAUUGAUUUUCACGUAUGACAUUUUGAGGAUCAAAGUUUUGUCAUAUAUUUUUUUAAUUCAUUACAGUGUACUUGUGUUAUAGUUGCACCAUACUCCUUGCUAAUUUUUUUGAUUUUUACCUCUUUUUUUAAUAUGGGUGAAAUGUUGCUUAUUAGGAAAUUGGGUUAAUGUUCAAUAUGAUCACUAUAAUCACCUAUAUAUAACACACUAGACAGUGAACUACGAUAUGGGAAAAAACUAUAGCACUGAAUUCGACAUUAAACUAUUCAUACUCCCAAGUUAUCCCGAGCUUCAUGGGGUAGAGACUAAAAAUUGUAUAAAUGUUUUCGCUUGAUAUAUAUGUUAUGUGUGUGAGGGGUUUAUACUCCCCAACUUAUCCAUAGCUCCAAAAGAGUAGAGACUAAAAUUUUUAUAGAUUCUUUUGCUUGAUAUAUAUGUUUUGUUUGUGAGAAUUCGAACAUGGAUUGUAUGUACAAUUAAUCCUUAGUACGAAAUAAGGAUACGUUGACAAAGUGUUAAUGAAUUUCUCAAAUCAGCCACACUACCACCCACUUGGAAUAAAACCUUCACCAUCUCAUUUGGGGUUAUUAUCCCAAGCAAAAAUCACGCACCUAAGUCAUAUAAUAUGAGUAUCUUUCACACUCUUUUACAUGUCUCUUCGAUCUUUUUUCUUUUCUUUUGAUCGGUUUGAUGAAUAUCUUUAGCGAUACUUAUCCUAUAUACUCCUUCAAAUUUAUUAUCCUCGAGGAAAUCGUCUUACCACUAAGUUACAUUGUUUAAACUCAUCCGCUUAUAAGAAUCGUCUUCACAUGUAUAUUCUCGCAUUUAGAACCUUUACCUUCUUCGAAGAGCCAAGACGCACUUUGUUUUGUGUUGACUACAAUAUCUUCAGUGGUAGUUGGUUGUAGUUGUCGGUGAGGAGAACCUCCUCGAUAAUAGGAGGAGCUUUUACCUCACCCACAUUUUUUUGCUUCAAGUUCCCAAUCAAGGGAGCAACACAAUAUUAAGUAUGUUUGUGUUCUUGUCUCUUCAAAUUCUUUGUAUAAAUGUGAUACUUGCUAAUUGUCUCAUCGUGUUACAGGUUAAAGUGAAAGUCAGGGAGCUCUUAUGCAUUAACAGAGCUCAUGCAUUUCCAAAUACCUUAUGGAUGCUUCCAAAUUAAGAAGGAAAUUGAUGCAUACUUCUCAAGCUCCACCAUAUAUCAUUACUUGGCAUUAUGUGAGUUUCCAACCCAACCUUAAAAUGUUUUCUUUAUCAUGUUUCUCUCUCAAAUACUAAUGUUUUUCCUUGUUUUUAUUCACUUUCAUAUAUGAGAUACUUUCACAUAAGACUUCAACGAGGGGUAGGAGUGGGUGGCUAAACUCUUUUGUUGCUUUAACAACGUUCACUAGAUCUUUAUGUUCUCAUAUUUCCUUGGUAGUCUCUUGAGACAUAUGAAAGAACAUAGAUCUUUUACUAGAUGUAUAUCUUUUGUAUGUACGACUUCUAUUAUUGGUUGUAAUUACAAUGAACACUUAGUACCUAAUAGGAAAUCGUUGGAAAAAUAGUAACAAAAAUAGGAUACCAACCUUCAAAAUCAUCGCCUACUUCCAUUUUGUUGUUUAUUAAUAGAUGAUGUGUAUUAAUAAAUUUGUAGUUUUUUAGCUUGUAGGAGAAAGAAGAGAGCACAAAGAACAAAUAGUUUUUUUUUAAUUAAAAAGGAUAAAAAUGAUAUUUUCAUAAAAAAAUAAAUAUAUUCUUCUUUAAAGCAUCCAAAUACGAACACGAAAAUCAAAUGUUGUAAUCUCACAAAGUAUCAUUAGUUUGAUACAUGUAUAUUGCAAUGCAGGUAUACAUCACAAAAUGUAUAUCCGUAAGAUUCGAAGAAACCAAAUGACCCUUUUGUUCUCUUAGUUUUUUUUUGUUUGUUUCUUUUUACUUGCAAUUUUUUUAUCAUUUCUAAUCAUUCCACUAAGUUAUUUCCUUCUUGUUUGUUUUCCAUCAUUCUCGUCAUCCACCUCCAUCGCAGUUCACUUGUCUCGUGAUGAUUCUUUUCAUUCUUCGAUCAUUCCAACAAAUCUCCAAUUAUUUCUGGUCGAUCUGUCUCUAUCUUCUUAUUCUUAUACACAUAGCCGACAACUCAUCUCUAGAUAUCUCCAUGCAUCGUUCGUUCCGAUCUCCAAAUUUUCUUGUUGAUGAGUUUUUCAAAAUUGUGUUUUCCCUUAAUAGAGUAACAUUGAAAUAACAUAAUAUACAAAGUAAGGAUUUUUAUUUUACUGUUCUAGAAUUUUCAUGAUUUCAAGUUUCAGGGUGGUUUUAUUUUGAGUUUUGUGACGGUGUCUGUAGGUAAGUAUUAUAAUUGUUAUUUAUCAGCAAUCUUAAAUGGACAUAGUAUAUUGAUUUUUAUGCCUUUUUAUGUUUCUUGAGAAUUAUAAAAUUAAUCAUAUACCUGUAAGUUAGAAUGUUGGAGUGGAUGACGAUCUUACGCUGAUCUGACCACAAAGGCUGAGAGAAAGUUGGAUGAUCUAGUAUUGGUCUCUUGGACAAGUACUAACAUUUUUUUUAUUUGAAGUUGUAUAAAUUUUAGGAGCAUUUGGUAGGAGUUUAUAAGAAGUAAGUUGAUGGGAUCUUUUAAUAAUUGAUAGUUAAUGAAGGCGGCAACGGAGGAAGAAAAUCUACAAAACAAGGCGAUGCAUAUCUACCUGUUUGGAAAAUGUGAAAGAUUUGAACCCGGAAAUGUUUAUGAAUCGAGAUUGGGAGGACCGAAUCCGGGGAAGAGUCAAAGCAUGUGCUGCUACGCACGAUGGCAUUUGUCGUCGUUCGGAAAAGGAAUUUCACGUUUCAGUGCGUUGUGCAAGAAACGCCUGAGAUCAUUAGCCGUCCAAUGGUCAAUUCGCUGCUAACUUGUCAAAAGAAUCCAUCGUUGAAGUUCAUAGCAUCGUAUCAGUGCCCACAGAUCUAAUUAGGAGAACGACUCAGCUGGUUGAACUAUAUGUGAGUAAGGUAUUAUGCAUUAUCUGAUCAUGUCAACUCUCAAUCGUUCUCAAUGAUGCUUCCCGUAGCGACAAUGAGAUUGAAGAAACGUUGAAGAAAGGUGAACCGAUUGUGCGUGUAAAUACUGAUACGCGGCUGGAUAAUCGUGUGGGGUGAUUGCAAACUUCAACCAAUCAGGCAAUCUUUCAGCUAAAAGCGCGCUGGUCCAGGCAUUUAGGGAGUGACUAUUCUCUAAGAAUUUCAUUAGAUCCACACUCCAAAGUUGAUGGAUGACACUAACGAGGAGGUGUUGUUGUCUUCAAAGUGAUAAAGAAUGAUCAGGAAGCUUGUCUUGCCAAUCUGCUAAGUUGCGCAAGCAUAUAACCAUUGCUGCUGAUUUUGAGCUUGUGUUCAAUGUGGGUUUCUACUUGAGAGUAGAAAAGAGUCACAUUAGCAUUCAUCUCUACGAGUUCAUUGGAUUGACUGUUGAGAUGGAAAUCAAACAUCAUUAUUUCG